UAGUGAUAUUGUGAGAUUCGUUGUUGAAGCGUGCGGUCGAUCAUGCGGAAUCGCUCUUCGUUUUUUCGAGUUUACCGUUACCGUUGAUUGACGCAAAAAUCAAAAAACUCUGCGCGCGUUGUUUAUUUGUUCCUUGGUAUUUCGUGUGUGCUAAUAACAGAGAAUUGCAUAAAACAAGUGUGUGGAUCAAAAAGUCUACGUAAUUCUUGCAUAAAAAAGAGCAUCAAAACGAAACCCGAAACGGAAAACACGUAACGCCAAAUCUCACUAAUUGCUGACAUAAUUUCCAUAACUGGCAAAAAAAAAAUUCAAAAAAAGAUAAAAGAAUAGUUAAAAAUAUAUAGAAUAGAUCGAGCCGACACGUAAUUGAAUUUACUGUUACGAGUAUAUCGUGUUUUAGUGUGUGCGUGUGUAUUAGUGUGUGUCUGUGUCUGAGAGGUCUUGUGGUCAAGUCGUUGUUUAAUUUUUCGCGCGUCGUGCGGCGGUUUUAAUUGAAAGCACUUAUUCUUGGCCCGAUAUCGCAAAUAAUUCUCAUUUUCAAUUUGCAUUCGCUUUUAUGUGUCUCUCAGUUAGUGUGUCGUACAUGUAAUUUGUAUGUACCCCAGAAUGUGGCAUAGAAAAGCCACCGCCGAAUGUGAAAUGUGCCACGUGUAUCGGCAAAUGUGUUUGCUCUUCAUGCUGCUGGGGGCGGCUCUGGGUGCCACGCCCUUUGCCAAGGAAUACCGCAGCGCGGGUCUCUUCAAGGGCAACACGCUAAUGGAUGUGGAGCUCGAUGCUGCCACCACGCUUGACAUCGGCGUUGAUAAGCUGGCGACGGAUUUGAACUUGGACACGGAUGAUGCAGCGUUGGCUUUCAAGGCAGAGUCAUCGGUGGUGCUGCCUGGUGCGCAGAUAAAUACAGGCUGCCCGGCAACGACGAGCUCGCACUGUGUGCGCUGCAACAAGGCGGGAUGCAUCAAGUGCCCCACGUACCUGGUCACAGACACACGCCAAUGUGUGGACCAAUGUCCCGCUGGGUAUUUGGAGCAAUGGUCCGCCCACACCGAGUUCAUGGGUCGCGUCUGUGUGCCCACAGGUUACUCGGGUCCGCUGAUGGCAGCGCUAGCCGGACUUCUAGGUGGCUUCCUCGUUUGUCUGUCGCUGCUCGCCGUGGCCGUGAUGUUGGUGCGUCGCAAGCGCCGUCGCAAGUCCGUCAAGCAGAAGCUCAUCAAUGAGAACACAAUGGAUCGGGCGGAUUUCAUGCGUCAACUCAACGAGAUGCGUCCCAAUGCCGAGUAUUUCCUCGCCAUGCUCAACGACACACGUCGCCAAAUACGCAAGCUGUAUUUGUCGGGUGAAGUGGCUGCAGCCAAUUCGUAUCGUCCCAUUGUGCGGGAUCUCGCCAAGCUGCUGAUACUGCUCAAUAGACCCAUCGAGUUGAUUCCCACGCCGCCACAUGAUUGGGCGCGUCUGUAUGCGUGGUCGGAGCAGGCGCUGGAGCGCUACAAGCCGCAAGUGGGUCACCUGAUUGACUUCUUCCAGGCCUCGCAUACAGCUGGUGGCCAAGAGGUGCUCUAUGCAGCGCCCAAUAAGAAGCAUCCCAGUCACAGCAUCUAUCGCCAGCAGCAGCAGCAUCAGGCGGCGAAUGCGCAGAGCAAUCAACUGGGCGGCGAUCUGUUGCCCGGGGAUCGCAACAGCAGUGCGUCGGCACAGCAGAAGUUGCAUCUGUUUGGUUCGCUCAUCAGUCUGCAUGAGUUUGAGGAGCCGCGUGCCUCGGAUCCGUUUGGCAGCAGCUUCAAUACGCUGAAGAGCGGCAAUCUCAUAUCGGAUCUCAAUGCCAGUUCGCUGUGGCUGGAGGAUGAGUUCUAUAAGCUGGGCUUUCGACCGCAGGACGAGAUUACGACUGAGCUAUAA